AUGAUCAGCGAGAAAGUACAGUUUCGUGAAACUAUUGAAUCAAAAGUAAAUGCUACUCUAAAUCAGUUUCGCAUAUCAGUACCUCGAACAUUCGGACGCAAGCUCGAUUUUAUUCGUGAUAUUGCACAAGGUAAUGGUAUCGUUUCGUCUAUUCUUUCUAAUUGGCAUUUUCAUUCGUUAAACACUACGUUCACCAGAAGAACCCAAUGGCCCUCUUUAUGGCCUGAACCAAGAUCUUACGGCAAUGAUAACUGUUCAUGCGCCACAAACGCUAUGUGCAUUUCACAGGCAGUAUUUAAUGGAUCAAUUGUACCUGGUUUUCGUGUCGGAUGCUAUCCACUCGAAGCUCUUCUUCAGUCAACUCUUGAAUGUCUCUAUAAUAUCACAUGUAUUGAUAUGCUUCGUUUUAUGUAUAAUCACACAGAUUUCACCGUUAAUCCGCUCAAUUCUACUCUUUCGUCAUCUAACUCUACUGUUCAAUCUCUUAUCGAUGGACUCCUGGUCGAUCAAUGGGAGACAGCUGUGUCCUAUGAACAAUAUUUUGAAACGUGUGCACCUCUUUCAUGCACUUAUACAGUUCGACAGCGUCCUGAUUUAGCAUAUAUCAUAACAAGUAUCAUAGGCCUUUAUGGAGGAUUAACUGUUGUUCUUAAACUCACCGUGCCUGGAUUAGUAAAUCUAGGACAAUACUUAAUCAUGGGUAGUCGACAGGCAUUCAGACCGACAAGGAUUGCAAUCAUAGCCCAAGAUUAA